AUGGGGGUUUACCAGGCGCUCACACAGCCGGCAGCGCGCCCGGCUUCCUGUCCCGCGGGACCGCCCUCCCGCGCCGGGCCGGGCAAAGCCGCCGCCGCCGGCGGAGCCCCGAGCGAGCACCGCCGCCAGAGCUGUGCGGAGCUGGGUCGGCGCUCCUGGAACCCUCGCGUCUCGUACCUGGCUCCCUCUGCGGUACCAACAGCAACCGCAACACGCCUCUACGGCCCGGGGCUGACGGGAGCGCUCCGUCCCCUCACCUCCCCUGCCCGGCCGUACCUCAGUGCCAAAGGAUGUAUACCCCCCAUGGUGCAAGCCAAGGCUGGGACGGGGGAGGAGGGGGAAGCCAGUAAAAACUCACAGCAGGAUUUGAAGAUCAAGUCUCCUCAGCAGUUACAAAUGUACACUCUUGGAGGCUGGUUACAAGACAAGAUGCUUGGACAUAAUGAGCAUUUAAUGAACUCUUCAGUACUUAUCUUUGGGUGUUGUAUGACAAAAGCACGUUACCUUAUAGUGAAACAUGGCAAUGCAGAAGGUCCCCUUCAAGUACUGAGAGGUGGCAAUAACAUCUCCUUGGCGCAUUUUCUUCUUUGGGCUAAACAAUUCCAUCUGUCUCAGCCUUUCCUCAUAGCUGAGGUGCUCCAGCUCUCUAGAUUGUUCUUGUGCCUCUUCUCUGGACCUACUGCAACAGGUUCACAUCUUUCCUACACCAAGGACUUGAGAGCUGGAUGA